AUGGCCUCAUCACAAAGCGAUCCCAGGCUUCUCUAUGCCAUCGAGGGCAUCAGAGCCUACAUCAUCUCGAAUGGUGUAGAGCAGUCUCUCACACCCACAGGGCCCCAGACCCUCUCCCUGCUCAUGGUACCGACAGCAUCCGGCUUUGCAGACCCAUCAAGUGUCAACACCGAAGAAGAUUUCUACCUCCACCUACACCUACCCCCCGAGCUCGACCUCCCCCUACCCGCGACCACUCAGAUCUACCACCAACCUCCGCGAAGCUACUUGAUCCCCAGGUGGGACCUUGGCCCAGACAGCGGUACUUUUACACGAAUUGAGUUCCCCGAGUUUGGCAGCAGACAGAACAUCCAGGAAGAUGUCGAUACUUUCGAGACCAUUCUCGCACAGGGAACUUCGUUCCUAGAGCGCACACCAGCUCCCGCUCCGGCGUCGAGCAAGCAACAAGAGGCGGCGCAGUCUGCCGGCGCACAAGCCAAGGCCAGGGAGGCCGCCGGCGAGGAGCUUCCCCCAUAUAACCCCGCAGACUACGGCCCGGACGAGGCGUAUGCGUCGGGAAGUCAUGUACCAGCUGGCACUACGGCGGGAGGUAGAAUCGUGCUGGUCGAUGAGACGGAUGGUAGUGUCAUCGGUGAGAUCGGGGAGGGCUACAACGUCGUGGAGGACACCGGAGUGAAGCCUGGUUCCAAGGACCCCGUUGUGGUGGCGUUGCCUGAGGACGGGAAGACUAGCAUUUCCGUCAAGCCUGCACCUUUGGAAUAUGAAUCUAUCAAUAUGCACCCGGCUUACAAGAAGUCAACACUCGUCAACAAAGCCACCCAGGCUUCCCAGUUGCUCGUGACCACCUCCGACCUUGUCACGCGCACUCUCUUGUCACAGGCAGAUAACUUCACCAAGUCGACCAAGCCCGUCAAACCCGUUACGUUUACGCCCACCGCACACAAGAAUAUCCGCCGCAUUAACACAUUCUCGACCCAAGCCGCAGGCCUGUCCUCAGCUGCCGUUGGCACUGUUAGCAAGUAUGCCCAGAACAUUGGUGCCAACAUCACGAAGCGCAAGAAUGGUAAUGCGCGAGGUUUUGAUAAGGACGGAAACCCAAUCGAGACUUAUAAGCCUGGCGUCCUGAACAAGAGUCUGAUGGCUUUCAACACCGUCUUUGAUGGUGUGGAGCAAGCUGGCCGCAACCUCCUGGCUGGCGGCGCUGACAGCGUGAGCACUGUUGUUGGCCAUCGCUGGGGCGCAGAGGCUGGAGAGGUCGCUGCCCAUCUUGGCGGCGGAGUGAGGAACGUGGGCCUGGUCUACAUCGAUGUGACUGGAGUCUCGCGCCGAGCCAUCCUCAAGAGCGUUGCCAAGGGUAUGGUGGUCGGUGAGGUCAAGGGAGGAGGCCGGGUUAUUGUUGGUGGCCAGGGUGACGAGAAUAUCUCUGUGACAGGUGGGAACGGCACUGGGGACAACUUUGAUGCCGGGAGCAUCAACAGCGCGCGGCCGCUCAAGGAUGGAGGCGCA